AUGAGGCGGCCUCCCGAGAAUGGAGAGGCAGCCAGCGAGGAGGGUAUAGGCGGCUGGGGCCUAUGGGGCCAACAGGAGACAAGGAGGCUGGGCUGUGCAGGUCCCGACCGCUGUGGGCAGGCUUUGCUUCAGAUUGGGAUCAACAUGAUGGCGCUGCCUGGAGGCCGCCAGGUGGACUCCAUCACCCUCCCGGGUCAGCGGCUGCACCUGAUGCAGGUGGACUCGGUCCAACGCUGGAUGGAGGACCUGAAGCUCAUGACCGAGUGCGAGUGCAUGUGUGUCCUGCAGGCGAAGCCCAUCAGCCUGGAGGAGGAUGCACAAGGUGACCUCAUCCUGGCGGGUGGCCCAGGCCCUGGAGACCCCCUGCAGCUGCUGCUCAAGCGGGGCUGGGUCAUCAGCACCGAGCUGCGCAGGAUCGGCCAGAAGCUGGCCCAGGACCGCUGGGCACGUGUCCACAGCAUGAGCGUGCGUCUGACCUGCCACGCCCGCUCCAUGGUCAGCGAGUACAGUGCUGUCAGCAGGAGUUCCUCGCAGGAGAUGGGCCAGGUUGAGAAGCUGCUAAUGGAGAAGUGCUCAGAGCUCUCAGCAGUCACAGAGAGGUGCCUCCAGGUUGAGAAUGAGCAUGUCCUGAAGUCAAUGAAGGCCUGCGUGAGCGAGACCCUGAGCACGCUGGGCCAGCAUUUUGGCCAGCUGCUGGAGCUGGCCCUGACCCGGGAGGUGCAGGCACUGGUGAGAAAAAUUGAUGCCUCGGACAAUAUCUACACCACGGAAUCCACCACAGGGAACCUGUUUAGCCUGACCCAGGAGGGGGCUCCCUUGUGCCGCAUAAUAGCUAAGGAGGGUGGGGUCGUAGCACUCUUCAAGGUCUGCCGACAGGACAGUUUCCGGUGUUUGUACCCCCAGGCGCUCCGUACGCUGGCCUCCAUCUGCUGCGUAGAGGAGGGUGUCCACCAGCUGGAGAAGGUGGAUGGCGUUCUGUGCUUGGCCGACAUCCUGACUGACGACAGCCACUCAGAGGCCACACGGGCCGAGGCCGCGGCCGUGGUCGCCCAGGUCACUUCCCCACACCUGCCUUUCACGCAGCACCUCAGCAGCUUCCUGGAGAGCAUGGAGGAGAUAGUGACUGCUCUCCUCAAACUGUGCCAAGAGGCCUCGUCCGGGGAAGUCUUCCUGCUGGCCUCUGCGGCCCUUGCCAACAUCACCUUCUUUGACACGAUGGCCUGCGAGAUGCUCCUGCAGCUGAAUGCCGUCCGUGUCCUCCUGGAAGCCUGCGGCGACAAGCAGAGGGUGGACACGCCUUAUACCCGGGACCAGAUUGUGACAAUCUUGGCAAACAUGUCUGUCCUGGAGCAGUGCGCCUCGGACAUCAUUCAGGAGAACGGGGUCCAGCUUAUCAUGGGCAUGCUGUCUGAGAAGCCAAGAUCUGGGACCCCUGCUGAGGUGGCAGCCUGCGAGCGAGUCCAGCAGAAGGCUGCAGUGACCCUGGCCCGUCUCAGCCGGGACCCAGACGUGGCACGGGAGGCAGUGCAGCUGAGCUGUAUGUCCCGCCUCAUUGAGCUCUGCCGAUCGCCCUCGGAGAGGAACAGCAGCGACGCCGUGCUGGUGGCCUGCCUGGCUGCUCUGCGUAGAUUGGCCGGGGUUUGUCCUGAAGGCCUCCAGGACUCCGACUUCCAGCAACUGGUCCAGCCCCGGCUUGUGGACUCUUUCUUACUCUGCAGCAACAUGGAGGAGAGUUUUGUGUAG